AUGGAAAUUAAUGCAAUUGUGAAUUUGUCUCUUCCAUCGAUUCAGCUAAUCGUUUGCAUUGCUACCUGCAUCCGGCUAACAAUUGCGCGUCCCGAUGUCAGUCUUGGCUAUCAGUAUCGCCCCGGUUACAGCAGCUCCGGUGGCAAUUUAUUGCAGACACCACACGUCACAAGCAGCAAUUAUUUUAGCCGAGUACCGAACUUUUCACAAAAAGGGGUAGGAGGCUCUGGAGGUUCCGGCAGCUUUGGUUACAAUGAAAAUAGUGGCGGUUCUUCCUACUCCUCUAGCGGUUAUGGAGGCUUGUCAGACAGUUUUAGUGGAGCAGGCGAUUUAGGCAGUUCAACAGCCGGCAAUGGCUAUCAAGCGGGUUACAACACUGGCAAUAUACACUAUACUCAACAAUCAUCGAACUUCGUUGGCCGUGCGCCGAUUGUGACCAAACACUUUUGGCUGCACUCCGCACCGGAGGAUCAGGAUGAACAGCAAAUUGUGCGUUAUAUAAAUAUUGGACAACCACGCAAGAACUACAAUGUUGUAUUCAUUAACACGCCUUCAUCUGGUGUGAAUAAGGCUAAAAUUAUCGCCAAUGUUGCGCCAGUUGAAGAUAAGACGGCUAUUUAUGUUUUGGCCAAGAAGGCGAACGCUUUGGAUGUGAGCGCUGAGGUCGCUACACCAGCGCCAGUUGUCAAUAAGCCAGAAGUGUUCUUUAUUAAGUACAAAACACCUGAGGAAGCGCUACAUGCGCAAGACACCAUACAAGCUCAGUACGACGCUUUGGGCGGUUCCAGCGACGUCUCCAAUGAAGGCUCUAUUCCAGUAUCGUCCGUCAUCGGCAAUUUGGGUGGUUCGGUUGGCAGUGGGGAUAAUCAUGUUGAGGACUCGCAUAUAGUGCAGGCUGGACCAUCAAGCAAUAAGGCAAUUCAGAAUUAUUUGCCACCGAAUCACAAGUAAAAUGUGAUUAAUAAUUAAAGCUUUUAUUUCACAUUGUGAAAGCUCCGUAGCUAUAAAUGAAAGUUUAAAUAUGUUUGAC